ACAACACAACAACAGACAACUUCACAUAUGUUUGUGCUUUUUAUCCUUCUUAUCCAAUUUCGUACGUUAGCUAGUUAAUUUUUCACAGUCAAACGGAAUUUACCUGAAUUUUACUCAAGUACAUUGCAUCUCCAAGCUAAUCAAAGUCAAAAUGGACGCACCUGAAGAUGAUGACUUUGUCUCAAUGGUUGAUAAACUAGCUGAAGAACAAGCACAAGACGUGCAAAGCAUUGAAGAAAUAAGAGAGGAAAUAGUGCGUUUCCAACAAACAACUCAGGAAAAUAGCAGCCUUAUAUCUGAGUUAAGAAGGAAACUUGAAGGCGAAUUGAACAGCCAAGAAAAUGAAUUUCGGCAGCUAAUAAUUUUAGAAGAGAAAUUGGGCGAUGCAGUUGAGAAAGCAAAUGAAGUAAAAUGUCACCUAAUAGCUGCUGAAAAAAUAUUGGAUCGUACGUACGAUAUUAAUGAUUUUCUGCACUUAAUAACAGAAAGAGGUACUAAUACAAUUGAGACAUUGUCAAUAAUGGCCAACAGCAUAGGAGAUGAAAAAGAACGGAUGGGAGCCUACUUGCAAGAAGAAAUGCAGCUGUACCUAGCAGCAAAGGAUUCCCAUAUUUGCGAAGUAAAAAAAUCAGAAAACGGAGCUAGAUGUAUUGAAGACUUAGGAAAGAUAAAGAAGGAGGAAGUAAUUGAUGAGCUUCAACCUCAAAUUCAAAAGCACCAGGAAGAAUUUGAAGAGGCUAAAAAAUGUAUCCAAGAGAACUGGCAGCGAAAGGAAACUCUUGACAAUAAACUUACUGAAGAAAAUAUGAAUGCUCCGCAGCUGGAAUUAGUCAUUGCCGAAAUGGAAGAAGAACUAGCUUCUGCCACAAGGUCCUUCUUGGAGGAACAGAGUGCCAUAGAAGCUGAAAUGACUCAUGCGCAGGAAGCCCUAGCCUCAAAGGAACAAAUAAUAGAGGCUUCCCUCACACAUUUGCAAGAGCUGCAGGGUAAGAUAGCUGAUCAGGUGGCAUUUAGCAACUGCCUAAAAGAAACUAAUGGAAGACUCCAAGCAGAAUUUGAGGCUUGGCAAACAGAGCACCAAAAGCUUGAUGAAAACCUCCGGAAAACUGCAGAGGAGAACCUGAAACUCGAAGCAGAGGUCAAGAAGUACGAAGAAGAAAUUGGAGGCAUGCAGUUUGAAGCUCGAGCCCUCGAAAACCAACUUCAAGAGGCCAAGACCGUAGAAGGUGAUCAGACAGAGGUCCUAUUAUCCAAAAGAAAAGUCCACCAAGAAACCCUUGCCAUUAAAAAUAAACAACUUGAUGAUUUGAAAGCUAAAGUUUUAACUUUAGAAGAAUCUCUUGAAGGGGCUGCUGUGAUCAAAGCUCAACUAGAAACAGUUUCGAAUGAGAACGAGACACUGAAAGAAGAAAAUUUGACAAGUGCUGGCAAGCUCAAGGCUUUAGAUAGUGAAAUGGAGAAUAAUGAACAAGAAAUGAAAGAGAUCAACGAACAAAUUAAGAAAACACAGAAGGACGUGUUCGAGAUCUAUGAGAAAUGGUCGAAUGAAGAACCGAUGAUUUUAGAGUACAAUGAUGAAGCAGAUAAUAGGAUAGAGGAGACCAAGAAAAAUCUUACCGACGCAGAGAAACUUAACCAAGAGCUGCAAAGUAAAAUUCAAGCCCAUAAAGCACGAAUGGUCUUGCAGCAUGAAGAGUCCGAGAGAAUAAAGAAAGAGAUAAUAGAACAAUGCCAAGCUGCGGAACAGGAAAAGAAGGAAAAAUCAGAAGCAUUGGCAAAAGAAAAGGAACGAUUGUCAUCCAAAUGGGAAGAGGUCCAUAAGAAACUGAAAUCAAGAUUGGCCGAAAAGAAUCAAGAUGCAGCUGAAGUUGAACAAGACUCUAAUGAAAAACUUGCUCUUUACACAGAGAUCCAAAAAAAUAUUGUCCAUUUACAAGAUCUUAUGAAUGUAAAUAUGCUGAAAGACAACCAAGAAGUUUUAAGGAGUAUAAAACGGCACAUUUCACAGACAACUACAUCAGCUGACAGUAGCAAUCAGAAACUGGAUGGGCCGUCUGCCGCAGAAAUUAACUCGCUUUUAAAAGAUCCUUAUGAAUUUUCCGAAGAGGAUGAUCAAACUGCAACCAAACAGUCUCAACAAUCCGAACAAGCAUCCACAAAGGGUAGCACCUCCAAUGAGACACCCAAGAAAAAGUACUCGCGGAAAGAAAAAUCAAAGACUAGCAACAAGAACGUUAGCUUCCAGGAUGAUCAAACGACAACCCAACAGUCUGAACAAUCCCAGCAAAGGGCAUCAUCUGCAAAGGGUAGCACCUCAAACGAGACACCGAAGAAAGAGUACUCAAGGAAAGAAAAAUCAAAGACGAGCAGCAACAAGAUUGGCUUCCAGUAUUUUUCACCGAAAGAAUCAGCACAGAAGCCGGCUGAACAGUCCACUCCACCAACCGCGAAGACGAGGAAGUCUGGUGCCAAGCACAAGCAGCAACCCAUUGAUGACAUUGAAAAUUUACCCAGCCCUGCAAAGAAAUCUACCAGAACUUCUCAAGAAAAAGCAGACCUUCCUAAAGAUAAUGAUGAGGCCGUGAGUCCGGUGAUCAAAGGCUCCCAAGAAUCAAUAGUAUCCUUAUCCAGUAGUCAGGAUUCAUUCACACCCUUGACGCAGUCUCACUACGCUUUGAAUAUCUCAAAUGAUGACAGUAAUGACAUGUUUGACUGAGCCAAUCAAAGUAUCAUUUUGACUUUUGUUUUGCUGUCCUUAAUUCAAAGAGCAAUCCAACAUUUUUACAAUUUUAGUACAUUUUUAUAAUAUCGUUUUUUUUAAAAAAAAAAUUUUGUUCCGUUAAAUACUUUAGAAGACAAGUAUUGACAUUGUUAAUUAAAACAAAUCAAAACAAUAUUUUAAUCUUCCAAGGUACUGUAAUCAAAGUACUCUUUCCAAUGUGGUAACUCUUUUCUUUAUUCAAAGAAUAAUUAUUCCUCUUUUUAUUUUUUACUUUAAAUUGAGAGAAUAUUUUUUUUUAGGGUUGUGCCCAUCUGUUUUUAAGUAUAAGUUUUAAAUUCUGUUUUAUAAUUUACAAUUGCAAUUCUCAUUUUAACUUUUUCAUGACCAUUGACAAGAAGUGUCCCCCAGUCUCGCUAUGUAUUGAAUAGGUACUUUAAACAGCGGUAGUACUUAAUGACACAUCGCACUAAGUCAAUUGGAACAUUUUAGUCUUUUUAAUUCUAUCUUCUAUUUCAACAAUGAUCAUGUUCAAUCCUUUCUUCACUUUUGAUUGAAA